AAAUUGGCAUUGAUUAUGAUGAUAUUCAUACAUGAUUGGUCUGCAAGGACAUCAGAGAUAGGACAGUGCCCGACGUGGCAACAGCAACUGACCUUGGCAGUGCUUUCAGUACAUUGUGUCAACAACAAUAUGGUGUGGAAGAGUCUUUUAACUAGUAUCAGGAGCACAGUUCUCCGUGUUCCUGGCCGCUCCGUCUGUGUAUCUGCGGUAGGGAGAGCUGCCGUCGCCAGUCAGGCCAGCCUCGCUCACCAGCUGGACCUUCGAGGGGUGUACCCUCCUAUGCCCACACCCUUUCUCAAAGACGAGACCAUAGCUUAUGAUCAACUCGCAAGCAAUGUUGGUGUCUGGAGCAAAAUGCCAUUCAGGGGAUUGGUGGUGGAGGGAAGCAAUGGGGAGUAUGUGUACCUUACUCCCGAAGAAAGAGUGGAGCUUGUUUCUCGUGUCAGAGAAUUCCUUCCACAAGACUCAAACAAGCUGAUACUGGCUGGCUCAGGCUGUGAAUCCACUCGUGACACCAUUGCCAUGAGUCAGAAGAUGGCAGCGGCUGGUGCUGAUGCUGUGAUGAUAGUUACCCCAAGUUACUACAAAGGUGGGAUGAAGGACACUGCACUACAUGCACACUUCACAGCUGUGGCAGACAACUGCCCUGUCCCUGUCAUACUGUACAGUGUUCCUGCAUUUACUGUGAUUGACCUGAGUCUGGACGUGAUAGCUGACCUUGCCCAUCACCCAAAUAUUAUUGGUAUUAAGGAGAGUGGAGGUGAUAUUGCAAAAAUUGGCAGUAUAGUGCAAAAGACUCAGAAUGUUGAUUUUCAAGUCAUAGCUGGAUCUGCAAGUUUUCUUCUGGCAACUUUGCAGAUAGGUGGUGUAGGUGGGGUUUGUGCCUUGGCUAAUGUCCUCGGGGAAUCUGUGUGUGAACUGCAGAGACUGGUCAUGGAAAAUGAUAUGUCAGCAGCUGUUGAACUGCAGAAGAAACUGAUUGCUCCAAAUGCUGCAGUAACCAAGACCUUUGGCAUCCCUGGGUUGAAGCAAGUCAUGGAUUGGAUGGGAAUGUAUGGAGGCCCCUUGCGUUCUCCCUUGCAGCCACUGACCCAGCAGGAGACAGAAAAGCUACGCCAGGUGUUUGUUAAUGCUGGUUAUCUCUGAGGAUGCCAGCUAUCAUUUAUGUUAUUCUCCAUAAAUCUUUAUGCUGAUGUUUGGUGCAGGUAGCAUGUGUUCAAUAAGUUGGUGGUUGGAUUGUGUGAUUGGCAUGAGUAAUGGUGAUGGUGAUUAUGUAUUUGACAUUCAUACUGGGAUCUGCUUCCCUUAUUUUAAUAGCUUUUUAGAUUAUUAUAUACCUAACCUUUUUUACAUUUCUUUGUGACAUGGUAAUUUCUGGUGUCUCAAAGCAAGCACAAACACAUACUCAAGAUAGCAGGAUUGCUAGCUUUGUGUCCAUUUAGGGCUGCAAAGUUACAAUAUUACUCACUCAAUUACUUGUUUACUGACAUGGCUUAUCUUGGCUUAUGUCCUGUUGCUAUUCAGUGCUGCAGGAAGAAGGGGCUACAGUGCGAAAGGAGGCAAAUUCAAAUUGUCUCUGUGCAGUUUGAGAUUCAGAUCUGGUCUAGAAUCUCUUGGGUAUGAGCUGAGUAUGUUACUUAUAUUUUAUCUGUAAUAAUUAUAACUAAAACAAGUUGAAAAUAUUAUUUUCUUAAUCUUUUUCCUUUCUGAAAUUGGUCUUCACCACCUUGUUCAUUUUGGGAAAAACAAGACUGGCAUGAGUUUCAGGUUCAUCACUUAUGAGUCUAAAUAUGAUACAUAAAUGUGAGAAGUACCUGAGCAAUCCAAAGUGAAAACUAAAUAGAGGUCUAUAUCAACUUUUGCAACUGCAUGUGAGAAGAAAAAUCAUAUAUACAUAGAUAUAUAUUGUGUAAUGAUUUUUUAUUGCUCUCACAUUUUUAGGAAUGUAUUUUUUAUAAAAUUUAAAGGAAUAUUGUGCUACAAAUUUAGCUAUGUUUAUAAAUUUAAUUCAAGAGAUAAUCUUGUCUUGUUUUAUAAUUUCUCAAUAUUAUACUUAUUGGCAUAAUGAUAAUUUUAUUUUCCCUAAAGUAGUAAAGGGUUUAUUUUUGAGCCAUGUUUUCUGAGGUAUUGUUUGCAUAUCUCAUUCAGCGAAUACUAAACCAGCACAGCCUUGGCCUCCCUCCUAAAUGAUAUAUUCAUCUUCCACCAGGCACUCACCCUUCUGCAGACCUAACUCUUUCAAGCUAAGAUACUUGGAUUUUUUUAUUAUUAUUAUUAUUAUUAUUAUUAUUAUUAUUAUUAUUUAUUUAUUUAUUUUUCAUUUCUUAUUAUUAUACAUUCUGGAUAAUAUUUUACUUCUGAGUUACAGCUUCAAUGAAGAUUACUGCAACUCCGAAUGUCCUGAUUGCUAUGGCGCCUUGUAGAAGCAAAGGGAAAUAGAUGUACAGGUAAGCUUUUUAGUCAUUUAUUCCGGAUAAAAUAAAUAUGGACAUUGCUUAUGCACUUAGUAAUAACUUUACAAUAUAAUAGCAUUUAAGAAUGUGUAUUUUCUUUAAGCGUGAUGCAUUACCAAGAGACGGAAUAAUAAUAUUACAAUAGCUGCUCACUUGGUUGACACACUUCCCUUUGGUAUCACUAUUCACAAUCAUUUCAACAAUAAUCUUGCCCUGUCAUUAUCAAAGAGUGGCAAAUAGCUCACAUAUGAGACUUAAAGGUACCUGAGUGAGUUGGGUGUCUCAGCAGGAACCUUUAGUUACAUACACAAUACCCAAGCCAAUAUAUUCCUCCUCUGAUUAAUUAUUGAUCAAUGUAUCUCUUGACUUUCUUAUCAUCUUAGUCAAAUGCCCACAUGUAACAGUACAUUAACUCAAAGGAGAGGAAGUGCUCUGAAAAGAUCCUGACACAGAUGUUCACUCAAUUUGGAACCUUGGCAGAUGUGAUGCAGACAUCUACUACAUAUCAAAUGUAGACUACUACUAGUCUCUUGGAGCCAUGGUUCACGCACACACACACACACACAAAUGAAGGAUGCUAAAUAAUAUUCAUAAAACUGUUUUGAAUCCUUAUUUAUCCAAAUAUUUUAUACAAUUCAAAACCACAUGUUCCCUUGUCAUGGGUCCAAUUUUAUCAUGUGAUGUGGCAAGCUGAUUAGCAUGAGCAAGUGAGCAACUACUGCAUAUGCAUCAAUUAUGAUAGCUUGUAAAGGUGCUGUGCUCUAUAAAUUGAAGAAUGGAACUGCAAUGGCUAUUUGAAGAGUUGUCACAGAAUCAGUGGUGAGUUCCACUGCCACGUUAAGACACAAGCAGCACCAUCACCAUGUGUACAAUAUGCAGCGAGCAAUAUGCCAAGUACACAGCCAAAAGAGGGUAUCAUUUAUCCACCAUGUUCAUAACCAACAAGAUACCAUCUACUAUGUGUACAUAAAAUACCAGCAAUAUCACGGUGUCAUGAGGAACAAGCCUCGCGAUGUGAAGAAUUUGUAAUUUCAUUAUGCUUAAAAUUCUUUAAAAUCUUUGAAAAUUCAAACCACAUAACCACGAAGAAUAUGAGUAUAUGGUAGUUUGAUAGUUGAGAUUUACAAACCAAAAUAUAUCUAAAUACUGAGAAUUUUAGCAAUUUCCAUAUCCAGUUUUAAAGGGUAUCACAAAGACUGAGAUGACAAAUAUUAGUGAAAUGUACUGUAAGAUUAUAAAAAUAAAAGGUGGCCUUCAUCAGAAUUUUCUUAUCCAAAUUUCUUUCUGUACUUUAAACUUUAAGCUCAUAAAGAUAUACAAUUUGUUUUCCAGGUUCACUAUCAGUGAAAAUCUAACUGUUUUCCUUUGUUAUGCAUGUAAAUGCAACAAGAGAUAUGUCUGUUAGCCUAUUUCCAAUGGUUCAUGUUGUUUACUGAAUCUGCCAUACUUGCUGGCAUAUCAAGUGCAUCACCAAUUUAGUGAUGCUGGAUAAGGUUGUGUAUUUUUUUUAUUAGAAAAGUUCUUACAUGCCAGUAGUUUCAAUACAUAGAAAUUCCUUGCAAGUGUUAAUUUCUCUUUAAGUUUCAUAAGCAGUGGAACCUCAGUUCUUGAACUUAAUUCGUUCUUGAAUGCCAUUCAAAAUCCAAAAUCCAAAAAACCAAAGCUAUUUUUCCUAUACGAAUCAAUGUAAAAUAUAUUAAUUUGUUCCCAGACACCCAGACACCCUGUCUUAGCUUCCCACUGCUAAGAUGGUUGCUUCACAUCUCCAGCUCUGAUAUUAUUUAUCCAGAAAGGAUGUACUGAAUGAAUGUAGAGACACAGAACUCAUCAGAAGAUAAUGUUUAGACAGUACAGGUAUUCUCUUUUGUCAUCAUUCUAGUGAGGAAAGCCUUACAGAGUAACACAGAGAGGAGCAACCCACUUACCACCAAAAUGAAGGUGAUCAUAACACUUAGACAUCUUGCUGCUGGAAAAAGCUACUAGGAAAAUGCAGCCGUGCAGUAGUGAUGGCACUAGGGGUCAUCGAGAGAGAGAGUAAUCCCUUUGUGAUUACUCCUCAGCGCCAAAAAACUGUUUGUUUACAUUGAGGUUCUUCAGCGGGAUUACAUUUACCCUAUUUCAAAGUUUGAAUUAGUCUUACAUUCUGUGUCUCUCCUCUAAAUAUAUAAAAGCAAAGUAAAUAUUGAUAGAAACUUUUAAUUGUUAAUAAACUGCAGCUUUUGCUCUGUCUUUUAAUAUUUGAAAUCAAGUAACUUUAUUCGAGAACCAAAUUAUGGGGUGGCAACCAAAGCAAUUAUAAGUUCAAAUUUUUGAUCAAAAAGUGAUUUGUUGGAAAAGAGAGGCAUUCGGUAACCGAGGUUCCACUGUAUAUUAAGUGAUAUGAUUUUAAUGCUAAUACAGUGGACUCUCAAAUUCCCAUGUCUGGAAAAAUUUGAACAAUCUGGGAAUAUAUAAAAAGGAAAAGUAUACAUGUUAUAUGUCACUAGUUUCACACAGUAAUCAAUAGCUAACACACCUGUUUAGAAAUCUGGGGUCCAUUACAUAUAUAAUUUCAUCACCAUUCUGAAAGACGCCAUACAUGCUUGCAUGUGUCUGUUAUGUUCACCUAAUAACAGCUUCUCAAGCUGCACUGUCAAGUAUAGUGUGUGUGUGUGUGUGUGUGUGUGUGUGUGUGUGUGUGUGUGUGUGUGUGUGUGUGUGUGUGUGUGUGUGUGUGUGUGU